AACAAUCCUGAAUAUCGUCGACAGCAGAGAGGACAACGUUUUGAAAGCGGACACAAAUCAGAGACAGCCAUAAAAAGGAAUAAGAAGUUCUACGCAUUAUGUAAACGCUUCAUAAACGCUAAAGUAGAGAUGAAAUCAAAGGGAUGCCAAUAUUCAUACGGAAUCAUCCCCAUUCAGCGGUGGAAAACUGAGAUUCUUAGUUUUGAUCCUUACAUCGCCUUGUUUUACGACUUUGUCACCGAAAAGGAAUCCAACUUAAUCAUAGGUAAAGCUUCAUUAAAGCUGGAGAAGGCCCUGACUGGUCCAGAUCCACGGGAUUUUGUUCUGAAUACAGAACAGAGACUGAGCAAAGCGUCAUGGUUCGAAGACGCCAGUCCUUCGGUGUUUCGCAGGAUUAGCCACCGGAUAGAGCAGGUCACUGGGCUGAAAGCCGGAUAUCGCGCGGAACGGAGUUUUGGUGAGGCUUACCAGGUCGUGAAUUAUGGUAUUGGCGGUUUUUACACUCCACAUUAUGAUUUCUUUAAGAUUGACAAGGCUUUUAAAACCGCCGGUAAUUAUUUGCAAGACAGUGGAGACAGGGCGGCGACUUUUAUGGUUUACCUGGGAAACGUCACCAGCGGGGGUGCCACAGUGUUUCCAAGGCUCGGCAUUGGAACUCCUCCGAUUAAGAAUGCCGCCCUGUUUUGGAACAAUUUUGCACCAGAAAACGGACUGCGGGAUGAGAGAACACUGCAUGGAGGUUGUCCUGUUAUCUCUGGACAUAAAUGGGUGACCAACAAAUGGAUUCAUGAAAUCAGUACAGCUAUGAUCAGAUCUUGUAGGAAGGAGUCAUCAGUGAAAGAGAACGCUUCCUAGUACUAUACAGGCUUUGCUGCAGUUCCUUCAAAAGAAAUGUUGAAAUAAUGUUCGCUCAUGGCUGUAGUUUUGAGUAGCCAACAAACCCUUUCUUCUCAUGGGAGUUUAAAGUGAACAUUGGCAUGGUCACAAUGAUGAGUUAUUUAAUCAGCUACUGGACUCAAUAACUGUGUAACGACACAAUGACAUUGCUCACAGCCAUUCCACAAUAUAACAUGCACGAGCAGAAAAUGCAAACGCAUGAAGAAUACACACUGAUGUUUAUUUCAAAAAAUUUGUUUACCCUUCUAAUUUCUAGUGUACAUAGCCUUAUAUCUCCUUUCACUUUUGCUGCUUGGUCACGUGUUUGAUGGUAACAAAGAUGUUUAACUUGAUGCCUCUUUGAGCUGCUAAUUUGUGAGUUGGGCCAUUGAGUUAGUCUGUAUAAUAUAACAUGACCAUUUCUUUACAUCGUCUGUGCCGUAUUCCAAGUGGCUAUGAUUUAAACUUGUUAACGGCUCUCAAUAAGACCAUUCACGAAAUAAAAAGGUCUCAAAAGCGAAUCCUCAAACUCCUCAAACCUUUGGGCAAUUAUCAAUAAAAUGAAUAGUGGUAAAGGGUAGCCUGACAAACUUCUGUAGCUGUCUGCGUUUUAACGCUGUCGUUUGAAUUGAUGCACGACCCAGCUGAUUAUUUAUUAAGAGACCAUUUAUUAAUUAUACAGAGACUGAAACUGAGAAUGUUUCACAGAGUGUUCUUAUCAUGACUAGCUACACUUAGAUAACUGGGAAGCUUGUCAGUGACUUAGUAGGUGCAAGACUUCGUAAACUGUUAACAAAACCAGAACUUGAAAGCAGGUUAAGAAUGUGAUCAAUGUUUUCAUUUGUCCUAUUCAUAAAUCGUUGAGAUUUCAGUUUAGCCGUUUUUUAAACGCAAAGCUAUU